UCACAACAGCUGAUUCUUACACAACAAUAACAGCGCGGCAGAGAAGGCGGCGGCUUGCGUCUUCAUCUACCGCUCACUGGAGGAUAAUUCUAAGAAAACUAGCGACAAAUAAGACAAGAUGGAGGGUGAAGCUAAUAAAGAGGCUUCAUUAAUGGGAAGAAAUCUGUCGGAAGUCCCCUGUUUUCGUGAGACUUUCCUCUACAGCAUUACCUCUGGACUUGGCUCAGGGCUUGCGAACUUUAUGCUGACGUCGAGAGUUCAGCGGUCGGUACAAGUGGGACUCGGAGUGUAUACAUGUGUGACCCUUGGGUACUGGUCUUAUUGCCGAUAUAAUUAUUCACAGCAGAAAUUCAACAUGGGGCAACUGCAGGUGGCAAUGCAAAAGCAAGCCUUGCUGGAAGGUACAGAAGUGGAAAAGAAAAUCAAAGGUUAAUUAAAACUUUAUUGUGAAAUAAAUUAUAUUCUGCUUUUGUUAAUGUACAUAAUGUAAAUAUUUUUUUUAUGACCUGCUUGUACAUUUUUACUUAAAAAUACAGUAAUGUCAUCUCUCCAUUACAUUAUGAUGGACUGUUAACUAUAAUUUAUUGUCGGAUUUAAGUGUCUGAGAAAGUUACCCAUUCGUUUUACUCACUGGUUGCGAAGAGAGGAUUUUGCAAGAGCAUGAAUAGCCGUUGAUGUUUUCCAUAUACAGUCAGUUGUAAUGAUGCUUAGGUAUGGGGAUAUAUUACAUAAUUGAAUAAGUUCAGAAAUUUCUUGGAAGGUUUAAAGAAAAUUAUUGUAUCCAUCUGCAUUUAGAUUUUUUUUUCUUCUGAAUAUUGUGAUGAAUAAGUAGGAGAAUUUUACUCUAUGAAAUUAUAUUUAUUUAUUUGUGUUUGUUUUAUUUAUUGCUUUUGGGGAGUUAUUAAUAGAAGAAGUUUUACA